GUCAAAUUAUCAAGGUCAAUACUUAAGCGGAACUAAUGUACGAAGAAGCGAGCAACCGUUGGACUUAUUUACCCGACGGACAGGUUGAACUGAUCCAUCGCUGUUCUUUGUUUAUAUUGGCACAUAUUCUUACUUGCCUCUGUAGUCACACUUAACAAUGAUUUUGACGCUUUACAUUAAAAGUUAGAUUGUGAAAAUAAAAGAUGUGGAAGAAGGACUGUGACCGUUUCGAGUAUUUGCAAACGCUCGUCACGGAGUUUCAGGACACAGAUAGUGAUGAGGCAAAGGAGCAAGUUCUUGCCAACUUGGCCAACUUUGCUUACGAUCCAAAGAACAUGGAGCACUUGAGGCAGCUCCAGGUGGCUGAUCUCUUCCUGGACAUGCUCACAGAAGACAAUGACAACUUUGUGGAGUUUGGAAUAGGAGGACUGUGCAACCUCAGCAUGGAUCCAGAAUGUCGCGACCUCAUUCUGCAGAGUGACGCCAUCCCUCUGGUCACAAACUGCUUGUCCAGUCCACGGGAGGAGACGGUCCUGUCAGCAAUCAGCACCCUCAUGAACCUAUCUACGCCGUUGUCACGUCCACGCAUCAGCGACGUGGCCAUCUUGGAGUGCAUGCUGCGCUUCUCCCUAUGCGAGAGCCCACGCCUGCGCAACCUGGCCCAUGUCUUCCUGCAGGAUUGCUGCAGCGAGGAGCAAGUGAUCCAGGCCCAACAGGGAAUGGCAGGACAGAUGCAGACAGCACUUGGCAUCCCGCUGCCCAAAGACUGAACGAGAAGGAGUUAUUAUGGGAUUUCCAGUGGACCUUUGAGUCAACUAUAAUACAGACAUGAGGGUGUACAUCAAGAUGAUCAGUGCUCGCUGGCCAUUCUUCAGGAAAUGUUUGAAAUGCACAAAGUGUAAGUGUAAUCCUCUUUAUUGGUGGAAGUAAGAAAACAUUUGUACCUCAAGGCA